UUUUGGCCUACCUUCUUGUGGAGUGACAAUCCUUGGCUACGGGAAGUAGGGGGAGCUGUGCUUACAAGAAAGAAAUAUCAUCGGAUCCGAGUGUGCGCGUUAGCCGAGCUACACAUUCAGCGAACUGGGGUAGCAUCAUACUCUAUCGCUAUCCCGUCUCCAUUAGGGGAAACCAAGCACCACACCAGACCAAAGCUGGGCCGAUGGGGUUUGGCAGUUCUUCUUGGAUCGCCACCACUGGGGAUUGCGGAGGAGAUGCGGGUAAAGCGGGAGCUGGAUCUACGGCAUCAACCGGAGUUACAACAUCAAUAUUUGUGGACAGUGAAUGCACAAGGGGCAGUUAGUGGAGUCGUCCUCGAUGACCAGCGACGGAAAGUCGCUUCCCUUUGGCUGCACCAGCACGAAGAUGGUAUACUUUGG